AAUAAAUAGUUGUGAGUGUUCAUUAUUUUUUAAACUAUUAAAAUUUGACAAGGCAAAAAAAAAAAAUGGGAGAAAAGUUGACAUAAAAGAAAUAGCCCCCCUCUUGUGUUGUCUAUUUUUUUACAUGUAGGUUUUUAACCUCCAUAUCAAAACGCGCGAUUCAAGGACGUAGUCACACCAGUUACUUUUUUCUUUUUUUCCAGUUGAAACGCGCGACUGACUUUUUCUUUUUCUUUUCCAAUACAAAACUAUGCCCAGAAAGAAGUCAGUUUCAUAUACAGAAGGUUCAGAUAUUGACGAGUUUGAGAACUUGUCUGUUGGCAGUCGAGAACACCAAGACACAGACGAAAUAUUAACAGACGAUCUAUUACAAACCAGUUCAGAAGAUGACAAGAAAAGAAAAAAGACAGCGAAAAAGAAAAAGACACUGGUGAAACGCAAGACGACAACAAAGAAAGAAACGACUCGAAAGGGCAGAGCCAAAGUUACACCUGUCAAAAAGGAACCUGAGUUUUGGAACAGUAAACGAGUGGAAGAGUUGAGAGAAAAUUAUCCAGAUAACUACUGGACUUAUCAUGCUGAAUCUGGACAUCAAAUGAUUCAUACCAUCAAUGAAAACCAUGUGUUGGAGAGUAUACCUUGUACGAUCAACGAUCAAGCACCUAUCACAAGCAUGGCGCUUUCCCAAGAUGGUACUCUGUUGGCUACUUUCUCCAAUAUUGGUGCUGUUAAGAUCUGGGAUGUUGAAAAUGAUUUUGCCCUCGUGCGAAAACUGAGAGACACAGAAGAAAAGAACAUUGAUGAAUUCUACUGUGGAAAGUUUGUCGCAGACAGUGAAUAUAUGACAGUAGGAGGCAAAUUAAAAGACAGACAUCGUUGGUCGGCAGAGGAUGACGAUAAUCAUAUCCUGCCUUGUCCGAUCAAGAUAUUCAACGUGAUUGAUUCAAAAGUGGUAACCAAGCUGGAAGGACAUACAGAAGAAAUCUUGUGUAUUAAAGCACUCGAGUUUGAUGGAAAGAAUUACCUUUUAUCAACUAGUCAAGAUGGUAGCAUCAUCAAGUGGCACAUGGACAAGGAUUGGAUUACAUUCUUGGAUAGCACAAAGAUGGAUGAUAAUAUCACUUGCAUGGCCUUUACUGUUUCCUUUGUACCAAAUACGGGUAAUAAAUACUUUUUGGCUGCAACAGAUGAGCAUGUGAGACUAUAUGAUUUUGAAAAUGCACAGCUACUGCAAACCUUUAGCGAUCUAUAUUCAUCAUACUGUGAUUGUGGUAAAUUUGUUCGUUGGUUAGAUGAGUCCCUCUAUUUUAGUCAAUACGAGGAUAACGACAAGGAAAGAGGUGAAUACGCUUGGUUUAUUACUAGAGGAGCAGAACUUUGUGAUGUGAGUGAAGGAGUCUCAUCCAAACCAAACACAUGUACUUUACAUAAACUAGUAUAUCCCACACAAGACGGCGAACAGUUUAAAUUUGAACAAGUCAAGAAAUACCAAGACGAAGACUAUCACUCCAAUUCAUGGUUGGUAAAAAUUGCUUCAAACGGAAGAUAUCUACUUGCACCUACAAUCUAUGGACAAAUUUUUGUGUUUAAUAUGUUAUCAGGCCAAGUAACUGCCAUUUUAAAAGACCACCAAGAUAUGGAAGUUCGUGAUGUGAUAUUUCAUCCUUAUAGACCUUUAUUAUUUUCAUGUGGAGAUGAUGGUUGUGUAAAAGUAUAUACUUAUUCAGAAAAUGAUGCUGGAAAAGUGGAUGUAGAGCAAGACCUUGACGUGGGUAUGAUUGAAAUUGAAGAGCAAUAAAGAAGAUAUAUAUAUUUUUUAGCCGUGUUUUCUUUCUAAAGUGUAUACAAGCUAUGUUUAAUCUGAAUAUGGCAACAUAGACAAAAUAUUAAUAUUCCAAAGUAAAAUUAAAGACAUG